UAGCGAUAAGCUUCUCAUAAAAACAAAAUAAUUCUAAACUUGAGAAGUCAGUCAUGAGCUGGAUAUCGUUCUUACUGGUGUUGCUGGUAUGGCACAUGAGCUCCUCCAACGCUCAAAUGCCAUGUAUUACGGAAUCUGGAGAAGAACUAUUACCGAAAUUUAUUCUAAAUAAAACAACGAUCUGUUUAGAAUGGGAGGAUAAGUAUCUUGAUCCAUAUUUGAAAUGGCAAGUGACGUUGCUGCCACAGAACCCAAGGAUCGAUGGACAGAAUCUGACGCAAAACUAUGGAAAUUCCAAACAGGAACUAUGCUUUACUAUACCCUCCUAUGCCAACCAGAAGUACGAUUUGAAAUUUUCGUGCAGCUUUGAGGAUCGACUUGAUUCUUGGACGGAUGACUACUAUCCGCUAAGCUUUACAACUCCAUCUAGUGUUCCCACUCGCCCUCCGAGUUUUGUCCCCAAUGGAUUUUUCCAGAAUCCGGAAAAGAAGGAGCUUUACGUCUUUUGGGUCCAGCUGAAUGAAUUGGAGUUUAACGGAUCAAACUUUACCUAUAUCGUGAGCUCAGACACGGGUGAUAAAGCCACCGUCUUGAGUAAUUGUUCCGCUUUAUUCCGCAACUGGGAUGACACGCAUUCCACCAUCUUGUUCAUUCGGAGCCAGAACUCUAUGGGACCCUCCUUAAGCAGCAGCCAACUUAAGGUGCCCAUUUUAACCUUUAGCCAGGAUCACCAGCCGCAGGAGUUGCGAUAUGAAGAGGACAACCAAACUAUAUACUGGCAAGCCCCCAAAAACCAGAACGAUCUUAGUGGCUACGUGGUCAGCUGGUGCUCCAUUCCCAAAAAUGUUUCUCAGAUCUGCGAUGAUCAGAAGCCGAUCGAGUUUCGGGAGCUAAAUGCCUCUCAACUUCAGUUUAAGUUUGCUAAGUCAAUGGAGUUACACAAUGUAGCUGUAUCGGCUAAAUACAAAGAUCACGUCAGCGAAAAAGCCUCUUGGAUUCUUCCAAAAGUAGCUAGAAAGACCAAGGAAACAUCUACCCCAAAAUGGGGUAUCUACGACAUUAUUUGGAGUGCCAUCAUCCUAAUCCAGGUCUUGAUGAUCCUCGUUUCGGUGUGGAAACUCCAAAGAGUGCGGAAUAAGUCGUUAGACUUUUAAGAUUAUUGGAUAAAGCUCCAAAGAUCCAGUUUUAAGUGGAAAUAUAUUAGUU